GGUCCUUCGGCAGCUUACUGGUCCAGUUGGCAUCCGUCUGCAGUAGCUGUGCCCCACGCGUCACAAGAUCGGCCUCUUCCGGGUCUCUUGCCAGACCGCCACGACUUGGGCCACUGAGCAGGGCUGCUGGGGCGACUAAGCAGGAAUGGGGCUGUUUUCGCGGAGGGAGAGGGCGUCGAAGACGGUUGGCGGCGGUGUCGAGCCAAAACUGUCAACUUCGCAGUCCAAGUCGUCUCUUGCAUCGGCCGCCUCGUCCAGCAUCAAGUCGCCAAUCGCCUCUAGCAAUCGCAUCAUGAAUCGAACCUCAGGCGGCACCGCGAGCACGAAUGGCCCAGCCACGCCCCUCACGCCCUUUUCCCCGGGUCUGGCUCCCAAGAUCGACAUGCCCAGGGCGCCCGAUCCGCAGCUCGACCCCGUCGGAUACCUGCGAAGCUUGGGCGCCGUCCGAGACCGCUCCAAGAUCGUGGCGGACAAGGCCCUGCGCAACGACCUGCACCAUUUCGACGUUGACAUGCGCAAGUUUGGCGACGUAGUGUCUUUUGUGUCAAACAUUAUCAAGAGAGACUACGAUGCCCCUUUCACGAGCAUCCCUCCCCAUGGCCGACACCAGCACUUCGCCGUCGGCGGACGGGACCGGAUUGCCCACCUCCUGUCGACCUUCCCCGACGAGAUUGACAACACGGAGAGGUGCAGGCGCCUGAUUGACCUGUUCCUUGUCAGCGUGCUUCUCGACGCUGGCGCCGGCACCAAGUGGAGCUACAAGAGCGCCGAAAACGGCCGCGUCUACAAGCGGUCUGAGGGCAUUGCCGUGGCGAGCUUGGAAAUGUUCAAGGCCGGCUUGUUUUCGAGCGACAAGACGAACAAGAACCAGGUGGACAAGAUGGGCCUCCAGAGCCUGACGGUCGAGCAGCUCGCCCAGGGGCUGCAGUCGAAGCCAGGCAAUGAAAUGGCUGGUCUAGAAGGCCGCGCGCAGCUCCUCAUACGCCUAGGGAAAACCCUCGAGGAGAAGACCGAGUAUUUCGGCAGCGACGGCCGCCCAGGCAGCAUGCUUGAUUAUAUCCUCUCCCACCCAUCCACACAGGCAUCCAGCGUCAUAAUCGUUCCUCUGCCAGUGCUCUGGAACGUGCUCAUGGACGGGCUGGCGUCCGUUUGGCCCGCAUCCCGGACAGCCAUUAACGGUGUCUCGCUCGGCGACGCCUGGCCCUGCAGCUCGAUGCCGCAGCCGGCGCAGUCACCCUCGAGCCCCACUUUCUCGCCUUUCCCCAACACCACGGGCCAGUCCAACGGCGUUGCGCCCUGGGAAAGCAUCCUCCCGUUCCACAAGCUCACACAAUGGCUUACAUAUUCGCUCAUGCAACCAAUGCAGAGCAUCAUGAAGAUACAUUUUGCAGGCCAAGAACUCCUCACUGGGCUACCCGAGUAUCGGAACGGAGGGUUGUUUAUCGACCUCGGCGUCCUCACCCUGAAGCAAGAAGACCAAGAUCGGGGGUUGGACAACUAUAACAAGUUCUGCGACCGCACCGGUGUCAAGGGAGUCGAGGUUGCACCAAUGUUUGAGCCCGGCGACGACGUCAUCGUGGAGUGGAGAGGUGUUACUGUCGGCUUUCUCGAUCGGCUCUGUCUCGAGGUUAACAGGGUGCUGAAACCCGAGCUGGCCGGAAACGAGCUGAGCUUAGCCCAAGUCCUAGAGGCUGGCAGCUGGAAGGGCGGCCGAGAGAUUGCCGAAGUCAGCCGGCCAAACACCAAGGAACCGCCAAUCUUGAUUGACAGCGACGGGACAGUUUUCUAAGGGGGCCGUGUUGAAAUGGGGUGGUGUCGGCUAACGAAAGCUGUGUUGAAACCACAUAGCCCCCAUGGCUCAGGCAGCCUCGAGACUGGCGCUGCCCUUCUGUGUUGAGCACCAUCGUCGACACUCUAGGUUAUGAU